AUGAGGACGAACGACGCUCUCCUGCUCUUCCUGCUUCUCCUCCUCGCCACCGCCGCCGCUGGCCGUGGCCUCGGCGGGAAUGAUAAGCCGCCGGGCGAAGUCACGGUGAGCACCGAUAGCUUCAUCCCCGGCCCCGGCGGUAGGUUCUACGGCGGCGGGAAUGACUUUCCUGGCUUCCGCGGCGGAGGAGGCUGGGGCGGCGGCUACGGCGGGCCGAGCAGCGGGUACGCUCGCAGCGGGGUGGUGGCACCGCCCUCGGUGGUGUGCGCCGAGAUGGGCCCGUGCUACAAGAAGAAGCUGACGUGCCCGGCCAGUUGCUUCACGUCCUACAGUUACUCCGGCAAGGGCUACGGCGGUGGAGGCGGCGGCGGAGGCUGCACAAUGGACUGCAAGAAGCAAUGCGUCGCCUAUUGCUGAAGGGCGGCGUCACCCGGCCAGCACUCUUUAAUAUUUUUAAUAGCAAAUUUCGACUAUAAGAAAAUAUUAAAAGUUUCGAAAUAUAAAUAGAUAAAUAAAUCAGAUAAUAA